AUGGUAGCUGCAGCUGCUGCUGCUGCAAUGGCCAGCAAAGAAGCUGACAAAAGGAUAGAUACAGCUGCCGUUGCAACACAAAUAGAAGCUGAGAAAAUGGCACCUGCAGCUGAUGCAGAAGACAAAAGAGUCGCUCAGGAAAAGGCGUCUGCAGCUGAGAAAGAAGCCAAAAGAGUGGCUGAGGAAAAGGCAUCUGCAGCUGAUGCAGAAGCGAAAAAACUGGAUGAGGAGAAGGCAUCUGCAGCUGAUGCCCAAAGAGAAGCUGAGCUGAAAGAAGCUGAAAACAAGAGGAUCGAGGCUAAUAAGAAGAAGGAAGAAGAAGAUAAAGCUGAAGCAAUGAAGAAGGAUUUAGAGGAAAGAAAGAAAGAAUAUGAAGAAAAAAUGAGCCAGCUUAUGGCUAAAAACAACAAAGAGUUGAUAGAGGAAGCGGAAAGGAAAGAAGCUGAGAGAAAGAAAAGAGAAGAUGAGAGAAAGAAAAAAGAAGACGAUGAUGCCACAAAAGCAAUUGCCAUGGUGGUUGAAAGUGUAAAUACUUCAGAGAGUGAAGCUCAAACCAUUGGUGGUAAAGGCACAAAAAGAGGAAAGAAGACAACAGCUACCAAGAAGAACACCAUUCUAAGUAUUACUAUGGAUGAAGAACUACAAAAGAAGUUGCACAACAUAUCAGAUUCAUACAAUCCGAGAAGAAGUACAAGAUCAAUAGUGAAAGUGCAACAAAAUGUUUGUGCUGAAGUAGUUAGCAAAGAAGAAUUUGAAGGCAAAGGAGUUGAAAAAAAAGCACCUGUUAAGGGAAGAAUUCUUCCUCUUAGGAGUGCAUUGAAAAGAAAUAAGAAAAAUGAUAUUGAAGAAGUGAAAGAAGAACAGAAAACAGAGAAAACAGUACCAGUGAAAGAUAGGUUGGUUGAGUUUGAAAAACAAAGACAAAAAAUAGCAUCAAAAAGAACAGCAGCAAAAGCAAACCUACCUGCUGAAAGAAAAACAAAAAGGAAAAUAACUGAUGAAGAAUAUGAAGUGAAGGAAGAAAAUAUAGAAAAAGCUUUAAUUGUGGAACGGGAGGUUUCCCCUUUGGCGAUGAUUACCAAAGAAGUUCCUGCAAAAAAGAAACCAAAGAAAUCAAUUGCUGUUUACAAGGAAAAAGUAGCAGAAGAAGAGGAAGAAAAAACUGGAGUUAGAGGAGGACAUGGAAAAUUCAUCAGUUUCAUUUCCAUGAUGAAUAAACAGAAGAAGGAGGCCCCAAUAUCUUUAUCUGCCAAAGAAUGA